CCCGUCAAGCGUGCGCAACAUGCAUUUGUAAUUUGCCCAACUUUUUCCUCGUCCUCUAUUUAUUCUCCAGAAAACACUUGAUGACGUGCUCUGCAGUCGACAUCAAGUACAUAUUUUACGAAUCUACACAGUAGCAUUAAUCUAUACCAACGCAAUUGCCCAGCGACAACUACGGCGAGUCAUCUGUUGCCAUGUCGUCGGGAACAUCCCAUACACCGCUCGACGGUACAACAGAAGCUGCGCACGACGAGUCGCAUAGCAGAGCGAACCCUUCCAAAAUCCCUGAUAUUCUUCCAAGAGAGCGCGUCUUCCCAAUUCAAGUGGGCGGUGAGGUCUUCAAGCUCUCUGGCGCAUCCCUCUCGUCCGAUGCACCGUCAUAUUUCUCCCAAUACUUUCGCUGCCAGCUUGCGCAGGCUGCAGAAACGGGCGAGGACCCUUCAACCGCCAUCCGCACGCUAAACAUCGACCGAGACCCAGUCACGUUUCGCGACAUUGCCCUCCAUCUGCAAGGCUACCAUAUCCAGCCUCGUGACGGCACACACUUUGUUCGUCUAUUUGCCGAUGCGCAAUUCUACAGCUUGCCGCGCUUGAUGUCGCAACUGUACGACGAAAGCAUCUUCAUCUCCAUCGGACAUCGCGAGUUCCAGAUUCCCCGCGACGUAUUUAAGGAGCCGGGCAAUGCACCGAAUUACUUUACUCUUGGAUUCGGCCUUCUAUUCUCCGACCCUCGCGAGGUGUUUCCCGGGUUAGAUCGCGAAGGCCUAAUCCGCCCGCCGUCGCUUUUACCUCCAUGUGUCCCAAAUCGAGAUGCCGACAUUUUUGCUGAGCUAUUGCGCUUGCUAAGAGGAUACCCUGUGGAGAUCCGGAAUGAAGCUCAUCGUGAGGCGCUCUUGAGAGACGCGCGCUACUUCCACUUUAAGGGCCUCGAGCAACGCCUGAUCCCCCACACAAUAGCCUUCAAUUCAAACCGCCAGCGAACCGAAAUAGCUCUGCGACUGGAAAAUGUACAGAAGAGCGGAAUAAGCGUCAACCAUGGUGAUACCGAAACGGCUGAUUCCAUGACCGGCAUGGUCAAUUAUGCUCGCCCAUAUGCGGAUAAGGAGCCAAUGGACCUGCUCCUCCAAGUGAGUGGCGAAACAACCAAGCUUCAUUUCACUCCGGAAGGAGUACGUAUCGAAUUGUUCAACCAUACCAAGACAAGAGUGACGAAGCUUCUCGAAGUCAUCGCUACUAAGAUCGGGUUACCACCUACAGUACAACCCUUGGGCCUACUAAUGGCAUCUGGCGGCGCCGAAGCCCAACCAGUAGGACCGGGGAGCACGCCAUUGAGUGACGACUUCAUCAAGGUAUCGCUGGAUUCUGAUACCGUCAUAUUUCUGGAUGAUGAAGAGUAUAGCCUCGACCAGUCUGUGGAGGAAGGAGGGGGCGAUGCCGCACGAUCUCGAAAGCGUCGUCGGACAGAAGCAGCGGGGGAGACAGCACUACUUCUUCCUCCCGCAGGAACGAUAUGGAGCGUUAGGGCAGGCCAGUGGAGGCUGCGUCUUCAGCAGAGUAUGGGAGGCAAUAGAGCGGUUGAAUGUAUAUUCGAGGCAGUCAAGCUAGAUGCGCUAUCGUCGGAACGUGGACGAAACAGGAUAAAGGGCUUCCUAAGUGUAUAAGGAAUCCCAUUUGCUGACGUCUACACACUCAGGUGAGGAGCAUGAAUUAAUCAGGUGUGAGCAGAAAACGAAAUGUAUUAGUAAAUAGGACCAAGGUAGAAUCCGUAUAAUAACAAUAUAUGCACCCUGCUUGUAAAGAAGGAAAGUUAAACAAGAAAACUCCAAUUCCAGCCUUUCAAAAACGCCAAUGUUUAGUCCUUAAAGGAAUUUAAUGCCGUCGAAAUAUAAACUCCAAGUUUCAUGUAUCGUAUGCCGCGAUCUAUGCAAAAGAAACAAUAGUGUUGAGUGUUGCUGAGAGCGAAUCGCUUUCAUCGGACCAAGUUUCUAGACCGAGUCCUGCUAACAGUUCUCGUUGUUCCGGGAGCUGCUUUGGAGCCACCGCUCGCGUCUCUUCGUGCAAUAGCUUGUGCCUGCUUUGCACGAGAUGCUGCUGUUGAUCGAUCACCACUUCUGGCUCGACGUCGUUCUUGAAUCUUGGCGAGCGCCUGCUCUCGAGUCAUGGUUGGUGUAAGGGCAGGGUCGUUGUGAUCGAAGCUUCGGUUGCUGCAGCUUGAAGGGGUGCGCAGUUUGUCGUUGAAUGAAGAACGACGCUGCUCCUCUUCAGUUCGAACAGGAACAGUCGUUGUAGUGACUUGGUAUCGGCUGGAAGAGUUGAGCGCCACUUGAGGUGAAGUGGUAGCUUGAAUGAUAUAGUUGCGCUGUUGAACCUCUGGCUCUGGCUCAGGGUCAGAGAUGUCCGGCUCUGACAUAUUGGGGUCGUAAGUUUCCGGUUCGGAAAUCUCAGGUUCGGAAAUUGGGCGACGCUCGAUGGACUGCAUCAGCAUUGGUAGCUGAGGCUCAUCUGCAACGGUAGGGAUAUUGAGUGGCUUCGCCGAAGUUGCGGUAUCGUCAUCGCCAUGAGGAGCACUGAGGAGAGACUGAAGUGAAUCACGAUCUCUGGGCAUCAUGGCACAAGAUGGUGGCUCCACGGAUGGAGUUCGUGCAAACUCGCGGUGCGACCUUCGAAGCUGAGGGGAAUCUGGAGCGAGCAUGUCAUUAUCAAGAUCGUCGUGUUCUGGUACAGCUGCCAUUUGAGCCUCAUAAGCAGCAGCCUCUUGUUCGGAAACUGUUCGGAAAACGCCCUCUUGCGGAACAAAAAUCGUGCUAGUUCUCUGCUUUCGUGAUCGAAUAGAGCCGACGACGGAUGUUUCAAGCUCUGGUGCUUCAUCGCCUUCCAGAGGAGAGUUGAGAACAGGUGAUCGGUCAUCGACUAGCUCAGGAAUAUCGUCAUGCUCAGGUUUAGUGACAACACUACUGACGUGCUCAACAGACUGCAUUAUCUUUGGUGGAGAGGCUCUCAACGGCUUUGGUAUUUCGUCCUUUGCCUUGUCUUUGGAGCAAGGGCAGCAAUGCAUCUGACAUUCAGCCUGCAAAAACUCGAUCAUUUCUUGGGCACGGUCAGCUCGCUGUCGCUCCCAGCGAACCUGCACACUAAGCUCGUCAAUUUCAAGCUCGCUCGCGGCUGAUGAUAAGAUCUCCAUAGCUGAUAGAGAUACACGACCGCCUUCCUUGACGCUGUCUCUCUUUCGCUUCUUCAACUUCUUAUUCGCAGAGGAAGCAAAGUCGUCCGAGUCAUCUGCUGUUGGUAGUGGGAGUCGUCCCUCGGCGGCGAUGCGAGCGACCUCUUCAUUCUUAGCGGCGGUUUUGAAAGCAUCGCGCUCUUGUUCAAUAACUUUGAUGCGCUGGAGAGCUUGCUCGAGUUGUUCCUGAACUCCAACAAUAUUGUAUCUAGCAGCGAAAGCUUCUUGCUCACGGGCAUGGCUGCGUUCCUUCUCGCGGGCGAGGCACUCUUCGUUGAUUUUGGCGGCUGUUCUCGCUGUCUUGAGUUCCUCUUGAAGCUUCACAAUGUUGGACUGGGCCUUGAAGUUCUCUUUUCUCGCUCGUCGAAUUUCCUUCUCCCAUAGGGCUUGUGUGUGGGCAUGUGUUUCUUUCACGCGACCGUAGUUAUCCUGGUGCAACUUGUUAGUGGACGCUGUAUCUCCAGCUGCUAUAUUGGGAAUGUCAACAUACCAUGACAGUUUCCAGCCGCUCUCCUACUUUUCGUUCUCUAUCCUUUCCUUCCUCUAUCGACUUGCGCAACUUGGCGUUUUCCUCCCGUAGCUUGCCCAUCUCUGCCUCUGCCUCUUCACGGCCAACCAUGGCACGCUUGAGGGCAGCAUCGGCCGUCUUUCGCUCCAAAAGUUUGCUGUGAGCGCUCAUGCUGAGACUAUUAAAAGGGCUGGUUGCCUUUUCAAAGACCAACGGACUGGCAUCUUUGCUUGCUGAUCUGGGUGAAUGCAAUGGCGAAUUUCUGUUGACUCGGUCGGGCGUAGCGUUUGACAGCGGCCCGCCUACGACAGGUCCUGUCGGUGUUGUGCUGCGGUCCAUUUGCACCAAAUUUAGUGCAAAGUUGAGAUG